UCUGACCCAGUGAGUGUGUGUGAAUGGGUUUGAAUGAGUGUGUGUGCUGACAGCAGCUGGCAGAGGUGACAUUCAUCAGUUUCAUUCGUUUGGAAUAAAUGAAAAGCUGGAUAUUUACAUGAACCAGAUGCCCUGUGUACAAACCCAGUAUGCAUCCCUGCCCCAUGACACCUACUUCAGCUCUGAGUUCUUGAAUCCUGACCUCAGUGCUAAACUGAUGAUGGACAUCAGUGGCCAAAAGGACCAGCUGUCUACAUCUUCGUUGCCCAGCAUCAACACCUUGGUGGGAAAUGGCUACAUGGGGGAGUUUGAUGCUUAUUCCUGCAAGAUUACCACCUCUCCCCCCGCCUCUACAGUUUCAUUCAGCCAUGCCGCGGUAGCUGAAAGUCCCUGCCCUCAGAUGCAGAGCCAAGCCUUCAAGCUGGAUGAUCUCCAGGUGUAUGGCUGUUACCCAGGGUCCUUUGCGCUCAGUUGCCUUGAUGAAACACUGUCAUCAUGUGGCUCUGACUACUAUGGAAGCCCAGUUUAUGCCGCUGCUUCCCCUCCAACACCGGGCUUUCAAACCCAGUCGGCACCUGUCUGGGAUUCCCCUUUCAGCCCCUUCCCCUCGGCCCCCCCGUCCUCUGUGGCUGACAAGGGCCCCAUGGCCCAGCAGCUCUCCUUUUUCAGCUUCAGCCCCACACCAGAGCAGCACUCUCCCCUGGGGCAACAUCAGGAUGUCCAGCCAGGCCAGGAUGACCCUUUCUUCCUGUCUCCUCAGCAGCAUGUAUCUCCACUUCAUUGCCCCCCCAUGUCUCUGGAGCAAGGACCCCUGGAAAACCCCAGGAUAGGGGAGGGGGCCAUGACAUCUCCUAAAACCCACAACCCAGGAUCCAGUGAGGGCCGCUGUGCAGUUUGUGGUGACAAUGCAUCCUGUCAGCACUAUGGAGUCCGCACCUGUGAGGGCUGCAAAGGGUUCUUCAAGCGAACUGUACAGAAGAAUGCAAAGUACGUCUGCCUUGCCAAUAAAGACUGUCCAGUGGACAAGAGGAGGAGAAACCGCUGCCAGUUCUGCCGUUUCCAGAAAUGUCUCGCAGUGGGAAUGGUCAAAGAAGUCGUACGCACAGACAGCCUCAAGGGUCGCCGGGGUCGUCUGCCCUCCAAACCCAAGACUCUGGCCGAGGCUUCAUCCACGACCCCCAGUGUCAACGUCAUCGCUUCUCUUGUGAGGGCUCAUUUAGACUCAAACCCGACCAUUGGAAAGCUGGACUACUCUAAGUACCAGGAGACAGUGGACAACCUGAAAGAAAAGGAGGAUGCCGGAGAUAUCCAGCAGUUUUAUGACCUGCUGACCGGCUCUUUGGAUGUAAUAAGAAACUGGGCUGAAACCAUCCCUGGAUUCACAGAUUUCUGCGCAGAGGACCAGGAGCUGCUCCUUGAAUGUGCCUUUGUUGAGCUCUUCAUUCUGCGACUUGCAUACAGGUCAAAUCCAGAGAAUAACAAGCUGAUCUUCUGUAACGGUGUGGUCCUCCACCGACUGCAGUGCGUUCGAAGUUUUGGUGACUGGAUUGACUCCAUCAUGGAUUUCUCCCAGAGCCUGCAUCGCAUGAAUUUAGACAUCUCCUUGUUUGCCUGCCUGGCCACACUAGUAAUCAUCACUGAUCGCCAUGGUCUCAAAGAGCCCAAGCGGGUUGAGGACUUUCAGAAUCAUCUCAUCACUUGUUUAAGGGAACACGUGAGCGGGAACGGAUCAGAACCGAGCCGGGCCCAACCCAACUAUCUUUCUCGUCUUCUGGGCAAACUCCCCGAACUGAGGACUCUUUGCACACAGGGCCUACAGCGCAUCUUCUACCUGAAACUGGAGGACCUGGUCCCUCCUCCACCAAUAGUGGAGAAAAUCUUUAUGGAUACUCUGCCGUUCUGAAAAAACAUGAAUACAAUUGUGUUAUUUGUAAAAAAAAAAAAAAACGAUAGACACAAAACACCUAAUGUUAGGUUUUAUCUUUGGACUCACACUGACUUGUGUGCUGACAAAUGACUGACAUUGUUCAAGAGACCAUUAUUUUUCUAACUUCAAGUUUUAAAAUUGAAUAUGGUACCUGUGUGAGAUUUAUUUCAGUUCAGCUGAAAUGGUAUUAACAUUUAAGGACACAGUUUAUAUAUAUUUUUGCGUGCAUUUCUAAAAUGACUUUAUUGCUGUGCUAGAUGUGUGAAUGUUGUCCUCGUAUGCAGCUAGUAAGACGUGGAUAUUUGGGUAGAUGCAAUUCAAUGUUACAUAUUCAGUUUUUCCUAAAAACAAAAGAAACACACUAAUCUCUUAAAAAGCACAUUUUUAAAGUUGCUUUUUGAUCCCACUAAGAAGCUGAGGCAGUAGAUUAUUAAGCAGAAAGGCUGGCAGAAUCCCACGUGGAGUCCUAUUUUUAAAAAGGGAAAUAUUUUUUUGUAUCACAAAAGAUAGUUUUAGUCCUAAUCGUGCUCCUGUGGAAGGUCUCGGACCAAAGUUUACUCUCAUUUUGAUACUACCAGAUACAAACCUUAUUGCCUUAAACUAAACAAAAUGUUCUGCCAUAACUCUUGUGCUACCAUUUUGCAACACCUUGUGAAGGCUGAUGCUGGCAGGGUUCCUCUUCAACCGCUUGUCCCUGUAACAACAUGUUUCUUGGGUUUUUAAGAACAAAAAUGGACUUGCUGAAUGAAAAUGCAAAGUGCCUUUUACAAAGCUGACACUAAGUGAAUUUUCAUUCCAAAUAUCACAUGCAUUGAGUCCCAAUUAAUACCAAAACUGAGCUAAUCCCUUACAGAAUUCAUUUCGUACUCGUGGUUGUUGAAUACGAUUUCAGAUCUGUGCCAGCUUUUGUUAUGAAGUGCCUGAAGGAUGCGAGUGUCAGUACAGUUUUACAAAGAGCAUAUAUAUACUUGACUGCACAAUUCACAUUGCUAAACAGGAAGCACAUCAAGUGAUGACAGGUGGUUCAGGAUCUUCAAGAACUAUAUCCUGUUCACAUGUUCCUGAAGCAGUGGAAUUCAUAACUACAGUAGAGCCGUCCCUCUUGAGAUUAGAAGACUACAAUUAGCUGCAGUACACUCUUUCUACAAUUUGUUUUCCCCCAAAAACGCUUGAAAAUCCACAUGCAUAAGCAGGCAUUUCAUGUUUGUUAUCGAUGUGUUGAACCUCGACUCUGUACGUAAACUCUUCCACUGUCUUCCACAUUCUUCUGAACUGUGUCGUUUUUUUUUUUUAUAUAUAUGUUGGGUUUAUUUUUUAUUUUCAUCUCAAAAUGAACUUAAGAAAUAUCUUAAGGCAUCACAGUGAUAUGUGAUGAGAAGAUGAGCAGCUAAGAGCACUUCAGACAGUGUUCAAACAGUAUGAAAUAGAUAUUUCUUUCUGUAUGUGUGUUGUUUGGGACAUGUGUGGACUUUGAAAAUACUGCCAGGGUUUUCGUAAAAUGGUGCGGGAGUAUUAAAAGAGAAUGUUUGAUAUUAAAUCUUUUUGAAAACACACAA